GCCGGGGUCGGGGCCAGGGCGGGCUCCGGCUCCGGCCGCUGCCACCCACACAGGGCACCUUCCCAGCCAUGUCCCCCAACUACAUCCGGAGCUUCUCGGAGGGAUGUCUCAGGCCGCCAACAGUAAUUGGACAAUUCCACACUCUUUUUUUUGGCUCAAUUCGAAUGUUUUUCCUUGGUGUUUUGGGCUUUGCUGUUUAUGGAAAUGAGGCCUUGCAUUUCAGCUGUGACCCAGACAAGAGAGAGGUUAAUCUUUUCUGUUACAACCAGUUCAGACCUAUAACUCCUCAGGUAUUUUGGGCAUUACAGCUGGUGAUUGUACUGGUACCUGGAGCCUUUUUUCACCUUUACGCUGCUUGUAAAAACAUCAAACAGGAAGAUAUUCUCCAAAAGUCAUCCUACACUGGUUUUUAUAUCUUCUCUGUUUUCUUAAGGAUCGUCCUUGAAGUUGUGGCUUUUUGGCUUCAGAUUCAGCUCUUUGGUUUCAAAGUGAACGCAAUCUACAUGUGUGAUGUGGGAGCACUUGAAAAAAAGUUUAACAUUACCCGGUGCAUGGUGCCAGAGCACUUUGAAAAGACAAUCUUUCUUAUUGCAAUGUACACAUUUACUGUGAUUACAGUGAUCUUGUGUGUUGCUGAAAUUUUUGAGAUCUCAUGUAGAAGGCUAGGUUUCUUAAAAACUCAAUGAUGUCAACUACUCUCACUCAUUUACUGCUCUGUCCACCUGCAGUUUUGUAACAAUGAUUUCAAAACACAGUAGAGAAACAUCUACUGUCCUCUAUGCAGUGCUGCAGAAGAGAACCACGCUCAUGAUUACUGAGACAGAAUAGUCACUUGACAUAAACUCCUCGUCUAAAAACUUGCACACUAUGAGAAUAAUCUUUCUUUUCAUGUCAAGGUCAAAGGCACUAAGAUCUCCAAGAGUAAUAUAUUGUCAUGACCUGCUACCUAUGAUAGUUCUGCCUCCAGAGGAGUGUCUGUGUGUGAGGAGAAGGUUAUUUAUAAACAUACUUCUAUUCACAUGCCAUCAGAGUUAAUAAGGUCAUUGCCAUUCCAGGAAAAAUUAUUGUAAAUUUCUUCCAUGUUCUUAUAGUUUGAGAAUUGAACAUUAAUACUCUCUGGGCACCAGAAAGCAUUCGAGCAUCUUGCCAGGAAGUGAUGAGAUGCAACCUGCAUUUCAGGCCCCAGGGGCAGAGACUCCUGGUUAGGCUGUGGUGACAACAUACCCAUGGAUACCAGCUUACUUUGCAGAGGCUCAGCUACUGUCACCUGCUGGCUCAGAAUCUCCUUUUAAAAGAGAAAGAGUAGCAUGGUAUUAUUUGUGCUGACAGCAGCACCUCAUUAUGUUUUAGUUUACCAUGUAGAAGAUUUUUACCAAUUUAGUAUGAUCACAUUUUGAAGGAGGAAAAGUGCUUUUUAACAAUUUUGCAUAAGUGGCUUAAAAGUGUCAAAAUAAAAUCUUUGAGAAAAGCCUUUCCUAGGCCCAAUCAUGAUUUGAUUUCAAUGUGUUUUGCUUGUGUGUGACUGUAGAAUUGGGCCCACAGAAUUUUCUGCUGUUUGUUUCACAUCUAACUUUUUCUUGCUCUGACUAAAGCUGCUAGAGUAACUGAAAAAAGAACUCUGCAUAUUAAAAUUAUUCUAUGCAGUAAGUGCAUUUGGUUAAGUUAGAUCUCAGACUUUAUAUAGGCAUCAGAUGUUUUUGUGUGCAAGAGUUUCUUCUUAAGGGCUAAUGAACAUAUUAAAUUUAGAAGUAAUUUCUUUGUGCUGAAGUGAGAUGAAGGAAAUAAAACAGAUUUAAGAAUCAGAAAGAGAAGAGGAGGUAGUUUCCUGUAUAAAAUAUCUACAGAUAGCAAUAAUAACAAUCAGCCAUUUUUCAUUUGUUUUUCAAACAUAAAAAGGUGAGAUCUUGAUAACAGAAUCUGGGUCAUUUUAGAAAUAUCACCAAGUGUUAGUUAAUAAGUCCUAAACACAGUUGAAUUAUCAUAGGCUUGUAAUUCUCGCCUACAAAAGUAAACUGCUAAAAAAUGGAAUAGCAAGUUUUAGGUAUCUUGGAUUUGACUGAAUCUGGGUCAUCUAAAACAAAGUGGGCUACAACUAGAUGUGUGAUUUUUUUAAUGUGCUGAUCAAGAACAAGGUGAUAUAUUUCAAAACAUUAAUUAUAUUAAAGCAUUAAUAUUAUUUUUUUCGCUAUGCAAAUAAGUUAUUUUUUGUCUUAAAUAAAUGUCCAGUCAAGGCUAUCAGAUUUAUGCAAUGUCAAACUAGUUUGAUAUCUGCAAGCAUUGCAAGUGAAAUAAAAAUCACUGUGCUAACUUCUUGUUUGCAUAAUAGGCCAUGUUCUUUGGUUGAUACAUGUUUAAUUUUUCACUGUAUAUGUCCAUAUCCAUCUGGAAUUAUUCUUUCCAAUUGAAACUUGUAAUCUCAGGUAAUUUUAUUUAUAAAAACAUACAGUAUAUAGAACUACUAAGAAAGAGAAUUUACUUUCAUGUGCUAGGUACACUUGUUACCAAUGGUACACAAAUCCCAUUUCAUCAGUUAUUUGUAAAAUAAUAAAAUAACUUAAUCACAA